AUGAUGCUCAAUUCGGACCAGGCAGAGAUCGACCUGCCCCCGACGCACUCUGAGUCCGAGUCCGUCUUCAGCGACUGCGGCCGAACGGGCAGCACGGGGGACGCCAGUGGCGUUGGCUUGUGCUCUCAGUCCCGGGCAGCCGAGCCGGGUGAUGCUGUGAAGAAAGACCUGCAGCACCUGAGUCGGGAGGAACGUCGACGUCGGCGCCGUGCCACGGCCAAAUACCGGACAGCCCACGCCACGCGGGAGCGCAUCCGUGUUGAGGCCUUCAACAUGGCCUUCGCUGAGCUGCGCAAGCUACUGCCCACCCUGCCGCCAGACAAGAAGCUCUCCAAGAUUGAGAUCCUCCGCCUGGCCAUCUGCUACAUCUCCUACCUGAACCACGUGCUGGACGUCUGAGCCACCCAGCCUGUGUCUUUCUGUCUGUCUGCCUGCCACCUGAACAGGGCAUUUGAGCCAAGGGCUCAAGUCCGUCUGUCCAUCUAUGACCUAAACCACAUGUUAGGCAUCUGAACUUCUGUGUCUGUGUUCGUCCUUCUGCUCAAAUGCACCAAGUUCCCAACUGUCUCCUCUACUCUCUAAGUGCUGUAUUUCCCUGCCAGCAAGCCCACAUCCAUCUGUCUGUCCAUUCUGCCUGAGUCAGGCUGGAUGUUUGGUCUGUCAGCCGUCUGUCUGUCCUGCUGUAUCAGCCACCUGAAGAUUGUGCUGGCCGUGUUGUGCCCCCAACUUCUGUCUGUCCUUCUGCUGCACAUCCCACUGAUACUGCCUACGGGAUCCUGAGCCCACAUCCGUCAGUCUGUCCACCGUGUCCACUCCCUGAGCCACAGCUGUGUCCACUCCCUGAGCCCAAGUCUGUCUGUCUGUCACUUCUUUUGUACGAGCCCCAAAAAAAUGGACCUGUGAAACACAACAGUGCCAAGCAGCCCCGUGGUCCUGUCUGUCUGUGCUUUCUCCCACCAGCCACCCCAUCAGCAUGGCCAGUCUGGGCAUUUUGUCUGUUUGCUGCUGCUCUGCCCCAGCAUCAUGCUGGGAACUUAAAGGCUGACAUCAGGACCGUCCUCUCUGCAGAGGGAACACAGCCCAGGAGCACCCCUGCGCACAGAGCAGCUGCUUGGUGUUCGCUCUGGCUUUUCACACCCCAAAAGGAAGCACAGAGCGGCGUGCAGACCCGGCAGGACCUGGCCAUGCUUCCCAUGGGCGACGGUGGCAGGUUCCCAGAGAGGUGCACUCACUCGCUGUGCUGCCCACCAAGUCCCUGCCGCCAUGCCGGCCCCAAGCCGGAGCAGCACCCGGGGUCUCACCAGGCUGCCCAGUUGCACGGUCCGGACUCCCCAGACUUCAGCAUGCUGCUUCCCUGCCCCAUGCAUCCCAGCCUUCGCUGCCUGACGCUCCUUUGCACAGUGAGUGUGAAGCCAAAACCCCGGGCACCAGAGCUCCCAGUGCAGCACUUCAUCCCUCCCCACUCUCCCCAGUUCUGUGCUCCUGGUGAAUAAAGCCUGAGCGGGGGUCACAAGUGUUGGGGGGGAAGUGCAGGGGAACACGGUGCUCAGCUCCCCCAGCACCCUGUCCCUCCCCACAGCGCAGCCGGCGCUGCCGGGACUCACGCGCAAAGGGGCCCCUGUGUUGACACCGGUAAGGCACUGGUGCAGUGUGACCUUUUGCAGCACGUGCUCUGCUGGGGUAAACUGCACUUUACCUGUGACUCGCAGGGCAGAGCGUUGGAGAGGGGAGGAAGAGGAUAUGGCCACCAGCCCGGCCCUUUGCCCAGCGUCCAGCAGGCGGGGCUCUCCCCAGCCCCCCCAAACAUGGAUCAGCACUUUGGGAGAGGGAAGGCAGAGCCGAGCAGCCUCUUCUUCAGCAAGGGCACGCUGAGGCUGGGGGAAACUCGUUGCAAGAAUGAAUGUUUUGCCUUGUUUUUUGAGUGUUUGUUUGGUUUAAGACUUAAUUUUGCACUGGCAGUGGCAAGAGCACAAGCAGAACACGGAUGGGGGACCAGGACCGUGCAGGAACUGCAGUGUUUUGGGCUGGGAGCAAAGGCCCAGCCUGGCCCAUGGCACUGAGCCUCGCCAUAAGACAGGCAGUGGCGUGGGACACAUGGUGGGUGCUGGGGGAGAUGGAUUUGAAUGUGCCGGAGGUGAAAUACUUGUGGUGAGAGGGUCAGUGCCAUGUUGUGUGAACGCCAGCAAACCCCAGAGUGCGAACAGGGAGUCCUCCGGGGUCCCACCUGCUGCUUUUUGCCCUCCCGAGGUGUUUGCUGCUGCCCACACCGAGUGUCCGAGCCCCACAAACCCCAGCUGGGCUUCCUGGCACCUCGUAGACCUCCCGGCCCCAUCCCACCCGUCUCUGCCCAUCUCCCAGCAAUGCCUCGCUCCGUACCUCAGCUUCCCCCUCCCCAUGAACGUGGGGAGAACGAUCACUACCUCUGUCUUGCAAGGACUCGACAGUGAAUAUGGGAUCCCCGAGGGCGGAGCAGCCGUCCCCGCUGCUGGCUCCCGCCACCGCACUGCUCAGUGGGGCAGGAAAACAGAGCAGGUCAGCCCAUCCUUCCCCUCCACCCACCAGCCACGUCUCUGUGCCACAAGGAUAUUUAUUGAAUUAAUUUAUUGAUAAAUGUUAUUAUUUAUUUUGCUGUGUUGUGCACUUUUUGGAAAGGAAAAUUAGAAAAUAAGCAAACAAACAAAUAAUGACCAUGGUGAAAAACCAACUAAUUAGCCCACCCUUGUAUGCGGUGUGCCCCAGCGUGUGUUCGUCUUGACUGUUCAGACUGUGCAAGGAUUUAUUAUUUGUGAGUUAACAAGGAAGUUGGGAAGGGGGAAAUUGAUUAAACUGCCAGCAAAAGGGAGAUCUUGAA